UCAGUUGGUUCGGGUGGUAAACGGAGUUGUUUGGAUUUUAUUUAAAUCAAAGCGUUUUAAAUUUAUCCUAACAAAUAGUAUUAUAAGCUACAAAUUCAUCAUGCCGAAUGAAAUGAUAACAUUACAGCUUGGCCAAUGUGGCAACCAGAUUGGCUUUGAGUUCUGGAAGCAGCUAUGUAUAGAGCACGGGAUAUCACCGGAAGGUAUCCUGGAGGAGUACGCGACGGCGGGCCUGGACCGGAAGGACGUGUUCUUCUACCAGGCUGAUGAUGACCACUACAUACCCAGAGCUGUGCUUCUGGAUUUGGAGCCUAGGGUUAUACACACUAUUAUGACCUCGCCUUAUGCCAAGUUAUAUAACCCGGAAAAUGUAUACCUGUCUAAACACGGUGGAGGCGCAGGCAACAACUGGGCUUCAGGGUACGCACAGGGAGACAAAUUGAAUGAGGAAGUGUUUGACAUCAUCAAUAGGGAGGCUGAUGGCAGUGACAAUUUGGAGGGUUUUGUUGUGUGCCACUCAAUAGCCGGAGGUACAGGGUCUGGCAUGGGCUCCUACAUCCUGGAACACCUCUCGGACCGGUUCCCUAAGAAGCUGGUGCAGACAUACAGUGUCUUCCCUAAUUUGGAUGAAAUCAGUGACGUCGUAGUACAGCCGUACAACUCCCUCCUCACCCUAAAGCGUCUCACAGAAAGCGCAGACUGCGUUAUGGUGCUCGACAACACCGCGCUCAACAGAAUCGCUAGCGACCGCCUGCACAUCCCCAACCCCUCCUUCACACAGAUCAACACACUGGUGUCUACCAUCAUGUCGGCCAGCACCGCCACGCUCAGGUAUCCCUCGUACAUGAACAACGAUCUGAUCAGUCUUGUGGCACCUCUCAUUCCCACCCCGAGGCUCCAUUUCCUGAUGACCGGGUACACACCGCUCACCGCUGACCAUUUGGUACAUGUAGCGCCAAAGAUCCGCAAAACCACGGUGCUGGACGUGAUGCAGCGGCUCCUCCAGCCCAAGAACAUGAUGGUUUCCCUCAGCCCGGACCGCGCCAACAAGCACUGUUACAUCUCCAUCCUCAACAUCAUACAGGGCGAAGUAGACCCAUCACAAGUGCACAAGUCCCUCCAGCGCAUCCGCGAGCGUAAACUGGCGAACUUCAUCCCGUGGGGCCCCGCGUCCAUACAAGUCGCGCUGUCGCGGCGCUCGCCGCACGUCACGUCCUCGCACAAGGUGUCCGGGCUGCUGCUGGCCAACCACACGAACAUCAGUUCGCUGUUCGACCGUUGCCUCCAGCAAUACGACAAGCUCCGCAAGCGCGAGGCCUUCAUCGACGUGUUCCGCAAGGAGCCCAUGUUCCACGACUCGCUGGACGAGUUCGACGUGUCCCGCUCGGUGGUGGACUCGCUGGUGCGAGAGUACCAUGCGGCCGCCACGCCCGACUAUGUGCACUGGACGCCUGAGAGCGGUCAGCUAUAAUACAAAGAUCUGCAGAAGCGCGAAGUUUCCAAAGGUGCAAAUGAAAGUAUUCUGCGGCGCGUCACAAAUCGUUAAUGAUCUAACCAGUGCCAUGCAUUUAUCUCAUUAACUCGAAUAAUUAAAGACACUGUGAUUAAAUGCCAAUUGUUAGUAGCGACCGGAUUUUGAGAAUAACGUACUCGUAUUCGCGAAAUGUAAGAUCUAGUAUGUAUGUACAGUAACCCCAGUGUACUCGUUUGAGAUUUUUUUACAAGUGAGCUCCUAGCCUCACUAGAUAAACCUUGUUUUUAUUUCCUGUUGACCGUAUAGGGGUCGUGCGAGUUGGAGGGUCUGCCAUCUUGUGGCCUGAAUCGGAAACAGACAUGUACAUUGAUUGACACUUCACACCAAAGCAAGUGCUGCCAUCUACCGUUCUACGUUUUCUUGUGCAUAGUAUUAUAUGUGCCAUAUAAUGACCAGAUCUGAUUAUGUAAAUCUUUUAGAAUUUUCUUAAUUUAUCCAAAUAUCAUGGUAUAGUCAUAUCAAGGUACUCUCUUCCGAGACUCGCGAACCACGUGACUGACACAAGCCUACGUCAUCAUGUUGUUCACAGGUUCAAGGCGGACCAUGUCCAAAUAUAAUAGUUAAUAGUCAGAGCCCGGAAUUUUCGCUGCAAAACAAAAGACUCGCAAUCUUGCUAGAGUUAGAAACAUUUUUUUAUCGAUAUCGAUAUAGUUGGGUAAUGGAAGAAAAAGAUGGUCCACCAAUGAAAAUAGUACAUUUCGAUGCUAGUGCGGAAAGUAUGUCAUUACUUAAGAGUACCGAGAUAUACCGUUUUUUAAUACAGUUCCAAAAAAAUAAGAAAAGCAACAAGUAAGGAAUGGAAUUCGAAACUUUUAUAUUAUUAAUCUUGUGACAUCAUUGACAUUGACAUUAUGAAGAGGUGUUUUUCUAGCUUUUAUUCGACUAGAAUAGAUUUUUAUUGAACCCACUUCAAUGAAAGUUUUUUUUUCAAAUGCAUGUUCUAUAAGACAGAAACAAUUGUAAAUAUUAAAACAUUGUACUAUUAUUACCUAAAUAUCAUUAUUUACAAUUAUUUGUGUAUCGUAUAUUUAUAAAAACAAUAUCGAAUGUUGCCUUUGGAAACUUAAAACAUUCUUGCAGUAAGAAAAUACGCCUCUUCUUUGCUAGGCGUUCCAUUCCAUUCAGACAACUUAUUAAGAACGGUUUUACAACAUUAAAAAAUAAACGUGUUAUAAUACUUGUAAUGAUGAAGAGGUAAGUAAUAAAAUAUGAAAUAUGCAUAUUUUUCGUAUUCUUACAUUAACAGUAGGUUUUUAUGUUGAUUACGACGUUUAAAGGAAACUAAUAUUAACACUCAUCAGUAGGUAGUCAUGAAUUGGAACAAGUAAAAAUUAAAAAAAAUUGGAAAAUUAAAAAGCACUAGUUCGCGAAAACCAACUUUCCGCGCGCUAAACAGCCACGAAAAGUAGCACUUUUUGAGCAACUGUAUUAAAAAAUAUAUUUAACACGUAAAUUUACGUAAGAUUUCUAUAAAAUUAUAUAGAAACAGACGCAAUUUCUUCUUCGAAAUCUACGUCAGUACACACAGCAGCACAACAUUUUUUUUUUAAAUUGGCGGACCAUUUUUUUCCUCCAUUACCCAACUAUCGAUAUCGAUAAAUAAAAAUAGUUUGUAACUCUAGCAAGAUUGCGACAGUCUUUGUUUUGCUGCGAAUAUUGCGGGCUCUGGUUAUAGUAGUGUAUGUAUUAAUGUACGUUCAAGAUUCGUGUCGCUAUAACUGUAUAUGUAAAUUCUCAUUCUCUACUCUAGUUAAGUGUUGUUUAAUGGAUUAAACCCGUUACGCUAAAACAAAUUGUUUUGUUUAACGACUAGGUUAUAUUAAACAUAUUAAUAACGGGUCACUCACGUAUUUUAAGUCGAAAAACGCUCGACAUGUUUCACUCUGUACCGAGAAGCGUCAUCAGGAGCUUGCGUUGACCCGUCCGUCCGUUAUUAAUAUGUUUAAUAUGUCUGUGUCUCACGGAAGUUUUGUAGCUAGGUUAGUGUAUGUAUAAAUAAAAAAGGUUGCUUUUUUACCAAGAAUUUAUUUUAUAAUGGCUAACCUUAACACUUUAUAUGUAUCGUGCACACACGAAGUGUGUACGCCUAAAAGCAUUGCAAAUAUCAACGCUUUCCGUCCCUUUCCGACUGUACCAGUGUGAAACGGACACUCGGACAAACAACUGGACAAACGGACACCUGUUUGGCACUGACAUACGCUAUGGAGAACGCAGCUUACUUUCUAUGCAUCUCGCUCGUACUCGCAUAUAAGUGCGAGCGAGAUGUAUAAGAAAGUAAAUUACGUAAACGUUAGCGUAUAUGUCAUUGACUCAGGCUCUGGGUCUGCUUUAGGCUGCCGUUCCACUGAGGUGGAGAUGAGACUAUAAUAGAUUGGUUGUAAUCGGAGCUCAGAAAAGAAUCAAUGCUAUUAGUUUAUUCCCGCACGCCUCCUCUCAUCUCCGCCACAUUGGUAAAGUCGCCUUACGGCAAAAUAUUUUUUGAAAAAGAACAGCGCAGUUUAAUUGGAUAGUUUUCUAUAUUUCAGAAAUACUUUCUCCGUGUUUAGGCUGCGUUUCCACUGGGUCGACUAUCAACCAUAUCAUCUAGUGCAAAUGCGCUCUUAGAACACCAAAAAAAUGAAAGCUAAGACAAAUUCAACUGUCCACUGCGGAUUUUUCUGUUCAACUUCUAGUAACAUCGAUGCAUUGUUGCUAAAUCAUAUCGUUAUUUAAAUAAAACAUGAUUAAAAUAGCUGUAGCAAAUAUUUUGUACGUUAUAAUAUAAAAUCAAUUGUAUAUCUGCGCCAUAAAUUAUAAAAGAG